CUUAUUCACAUCCACCCUCACCCACGAACCUUCGCUUCUUCUUCUUACAUAAACUCAUCUCAUUCCCACCGUUUCCAAAAGAGACAUUUUCCCAAAAAUAAAAAGAAGAAAUUUUGAUGUAAAAAAGAUUAUUUUUUUUGUUGAAUCUGUGGGGAAGAAAAGAUUGGGUUCAACGGAUUGAUAUCAUCAUAAUUGUCAAAAUGACGGAGGUUUCGUGUUGUCUAUUGAAUCCGUCAAUCUCUUCUUCUCCAUUCAUUGUUGCUUAUCUCAAAAGGUAUUUUCUGGGCUCCAUUUCUUCGGAUUCUUAGGCUUCUUUCUCAAAUCUGUUUUUUUUCUUCUUUGUUGUUUAUUCUGAUACUUGGAUGUAACUGGAAAAAAAAAAGGAAAGGGAAGAUUUUUUAAUUCGAUGUAUAUUUCUCGGAUGGGUUUGAGUCGGAGUUUCCCGCCGCUUUUUGGGGGAUUUCGGGAAAUUCUAGGGUUAGGGUUGGAUAUUGUGUUUCUCUAGCGUCUUCGCUUAUAUAUCUCUUCCUUCUUGGUCGAGAUUGAAAAGAGAGGGCCUUUUUCUUUUCUGGAAUAGGGAGGAUAUUGGAUCUCGAUUUGGUUUCAUGGCUAAUUGGGAGAUCUGGGAUUUGGGAGAUUGACGACAGCUGAAUUUAAGAGAAAGUAUAUAGAUUUAAGCAGACUCAGAGAUUCGAUUCGUCGAUCUUGCUUUCAUUUGUGAGAUGAAAGGCUCGAUUCUCACGGUCUUGUCAAUGGAGAAUCACCAUCCUUCAACGCUCUUAUCCAUGGAUUCUAGUGGCUCCUCUCACGAAGAACUUGAUCUGGAGAUGAACAAUGGUAAUCGGCAAAUCACGCUUUACAAUCCACCAGACAUCAAUCUGCCUUUGUCCGUAGGACGAAGCUCUCCAUCGUGGAACUUGGAUUCUUGUGAUAACAUCUUGGAUGUUGGUCUUAGCUCACUUGUCUACGAGACAGAGACGUUCCUCAACGUGGUCCCAAGUAAAGUCACUAGAAAAUGCUUGAAACGAGGAGAUAGCAUGUGGGGAGCUUGGUUUUUCUUCAGCUUUUACUUCAGGCCGGCGCUCAACGAUAAAUCCAAGUCUAAGGUCAUAAGGGAAACCAGUGGAGGAGGAUGUUUUACAGGGUUUGAUAAAUCUGAUCUCAAGCUCGAUGUUUUUCUUGUUCAGCAUGACAUGGAGAACAUGUAUAUGUGGGCUUUCAAGGAUAAACCCGAGAAUGCUCUCGGGAAAAUGCAGCUCAGAAGCUAUAUGAACGGGCAUUCUCGUCAAGGAGAGCGUCCGUUUCCGUUUAGCGCCGAGAAAGGGUUUGUUCGGUCUCACAGGAUGCAGAGGAAGCAUUACAGGGGACUCUCUAAUCCUCAAUGUCUUCACGGGAUCGAGUUUGUGCCUUCUCCGAGUUUGUUGUGUGUCAGUGAAGAAGAUAAGAAGAGAUGGAUGGAGCUAACGGGUCGAGAUUUGAAGUUCACUAUCCCUCCUGAUGCUAGCGAUUUCGGUUCUUGGAGAAAUCUUCCCAACACAGAUUUUGAGCUCGAGAGACCGCCUCAUGUUGCAAAACCGGCGUCAAAUAACGCCAAGAAGAUCCUCAACGGCUCGGGAUUGCAUUUGACAAGCAACGCUUCUUUUAGUAGCAAUGGGGACUCAUCAGAUCAAUCUCCAGGAGGUGGUGGAGGCAACAACAACAACAACAAUAAGAAGAGGAAAGAGUUUUUAUCCCCUGGAAGCAGCGAAGAAGAAUGUUGCUUGACUGUUAACAACAUCGAGGCCAAGGACCCGCCCGGUUGGGUAAACGACUUCACUGGAGUGAUGAAAAAUGUUCACGGGCCAGCGACUGCAGCUAAAACUAUCUACGAGGACGAAGAAGCUUACCUGGUCAUAAUAACUCUACCAUUUGUGGAUUUGAACACCGUGAAGGUUUCAUGGAGGAACAAUAUCACGAAUGGGAUUGUCAAGGUCACGGGAUCAAGCACGUCGCGGGCUCCGUUGGUAAAGAGACGGGACCGGACUUUCAAGCUGGUUGAUCAGACGGCUGAGCAUUGUCCUCCAGGGGAAUUCAUGAGGGAGAUACAGUUGCCAAAUCGGAUUCCGGAAGAAGCAAACAUUGAAGCUUACUUUGAUGGGACGGGACCAGUUUUGGAAAUUCUGGUGCCGAAAUUGAGAGGAGGAGUAGAGGAAGAACACGAGGUUAGAGUUUGUCUACGGCCACACCACCUCGGAGGAGCCGGCGAGCUUACGUUGACGUGAUGGAAGACAGGUUUUAAUUAUGAAUUUGUUAGAAGCAUUGUGUACAAUGGGAAAUAAGCAAAAGCAGAAGUGCAAUUUUAAGUGUUAACUUUUUCACCAUUUCUUUUCUUUCUUCUUUUGGUCUUAGUGUAACUUUUGCACUUUUUUUUUUUUGUCUUCGGUUGCAAAUUAUAUAUUUGCAUUUUAACUCGGAAGUAGUAUGAAUAAUUAGUGAUUGUCAGUA